AUGGCAGUUUCCGGGGGAAUGAAGUGCGUCAAAUUUUUAGUGUUCAUCUUUAACUUCCUGUUCUGGAUCGCCGGCAUUGCCCUCAUUGGCCUCGGCAUCUAUGUACAGGUGCAGAUGAACAAAUCUGUGGUCAUUAGUAAUGCCUCUUCAUCUGGAGUACCCAUCGUUCUUCUCAUCGUUGGCGCUGUCAUCUUCGUGGUGUCGUUCUUCGGCUGUUGUGGUGCAUGGAAGGAGAACUACUGCAUGGUCACAACGUUCGCCAUCCUGCUGACACUUAUAUUCCUGGUGGAGAUUGCAGCUGCUAUUGCCGGAUACGUGUUCAAGGACCAGUUUAAGGCUGUGAUCGGUGACUCCUUCAAAAUAAGUAUGGCGACGUACGGCAGUGACAAAGAAAUGAAGAAAGCCAUUGACGCACUGCAGCAAGAGUUCAAAUGCUGCGGUGGCAACUCUUCCUCGGAUUGGUCCCACGUUCCUCCAUUCAACGAUACAAAGAAGGGAAGCCUACCAGACUCCUGCUGCAAGAAUGAGACUGAGAGCUGUGGGGUGGGCGAGGCAAAAACACCACUAUCUUCUAAGAUCUUUCCAGAUGGUUGUGUGGAGGGGUUAAAGGAGUGGCUUGAUAAGAACAUUAAGAUCAUCGCUGGCGUGGCCAUCGGCAUCGCGGCCUUUGAGCUCCUGGGUAUAAUCUUCGCCUGCUGUUUGAUGAAGGGCAUACGCAGUGGCUAUGAAGUUAUGUAG